UCACUUUUAUCCUCAAUGUCUUCUGUUGUUAUUCCCAAAAAUGUGACUGAAGCACUUGAUCAUCCUGGAUGGCGACAAGCCAUGAUUGCAGAGAUGCAGGCUCUUGAAAGCAAUCAUACUUGGGAGCUCGUGCCCCUCCCUUCGGGCAAGAAGGUUGUUGAUUGUCGAUGGGUGUAUGCAAUUAAAGUUGGCCCCGAUGGUCAGGUUGAUCGACUCAAAGCCCGAUUGGUUGCAAAAGGGUACACUCAGGUUUAUGGCCUUGACUAUUGUGACACCUUCUCUCCCGUGGCCAAGAUGACUACUAUUCGCCUCUUCUUUGCAAUGGCAGCAAUUCGUCACUAGCCGCUUCAUCAAUUGGAUAUCAAAAAUGCCUUCCUUCAUGGUGAUCUUGAGGAGGAAGUUUACAUGGAGCAACCUCCUGGGUUUGUUGCUCAGGGGGAGUCUGGUAUGGUAUGCAAAUUGCAUCGAUCUUUAUAUGGUCUCAAACAAUCACCACGAGCUUGGUUUGGAAAAUUCAGCUCCAUUGUUCAGAAAUUUGGGUUAAGACGCAGUGAGGCAGAUCACUCAGUCUUUUACAAACAUACCUCUCCUAGGAAAUGUGUCUACUUAAUAGUAUAUGUUGAUGAUAUUGUUAUUACAGGAAAUGAUACUACUGGAAUAUCUCAACUGAAGGAGCACUUGUGUAAACAUUUUCAAACCAAGGAUCUCGGAAGCCUCAAAUACUUCUUGGGC